AUGACGUCUAUCCCUUUAGCAUUAAAAGAAAAAGUUGAAACCGAAAUUGAUCGUUUAAUUAAAAGCAAUAUUUUAGUUCCUAUCGACUAUAGUGAAUGGGCAACUUCAAUAGUACCAAUAUUGAAACCAGAUGGCACGGUUAGAAUUUGUGGUGAUUUUAAAAUAACAAUAAAUCCGGUAUUAGAAGGGACUGAAUACCCUCUUCCAAAAAUAGAACAUUUAUAUGCAAAUGUUAGUGGUUCAAGAUAUUUUUCGAAAAUAGACUUAAAAGACACAUAUCAACAAAUGGUUAUUAAAGAAUCUGAUCGCAAAUAUACCACUAUUAAUACACAUAAAGGUUUAUUUAACUAUACCCGUAACCCUUUUGUAAUAAAAUCGUCGGCUGGGGAGUUCCAAAAAGCUAUGGAAACUUCCACAGCGGGUCUUGAGGGCAUUGGUAUAUUCCAAGAUGACAUUAUUGUUGCAGGUUCCACUAUCACAGAACACAACUCUCGUUUAGAAAAAUUACUAAAUGUAUUGUCAAAUGUUGGUUUAAGAGUGAAGUUGAAUAAAUGCAAAUUUAUACAAAAGUCAAUUGAAUAUUUAGGUCACAGGUUAGAUGAAAAUGGUUUACACACACUAACAAAACACACAGAUGUUAUUAAAAACGCCAUGGUCCCAGAAAAUAAAACAUUGCUAAAAUCAUUUUUAGGUUUAGUUACGUACUAUAUAAAAUUUAUUCCAAACGCUGCUAAUAUUUUAAAACCAUUGUACAUGCUUUCACGUAACGGCACUGAAUGGAAUUGGACAUCAGAAUGUGACCUAGCAUUCAACAAAGUUAAACAAAUUUUAAUCUCGAAACCCGUAUUAGCACAUUAUGAUCAUAAUAUUCCAGUUAAACUCGUAGUAGACUCAUCAUCCUAUGCACUAGGUGCAGUACUUUCACAUGUACACCCAGAUCGUACAGAAAAACCUAUAGCCUACGCAUCAAGGGUUCUAUCUAAUUCUGAGUGUAAAUUUCCACAAAUUGAAAAAGAAGCCUUGGCAAUCAUAUACGGGGUUACGAAAUUUUAUGACUAUUUAUAUGGUAGACAUUUUCUAUUAGAAACCGACCAUAAACCGUUAAUACAUAUUUUUGGUGAUAAGAAAGGUAUCCCAAUUUACGCAGCUAAUCGGUUACAACAGUGGGCCUAUGUUUUAUCAUCAUUUGAUUUCGAAAUAAAAUAUGUGAAAUCCGAAGAUAAUACAGCCGAUUUCUUAUCACGAAUGAAAAGUUCAAAAUCAAAAAUCGAAAAUCAUAAUGAAGAAUGUAUUAGUCUCAAUUUUAUUCACGAAAAAUCACCUUUCACAUUAGACUGGUCUAAAAUAAAAAUUGAAACAAGCAGAGACACGAUUCUCGCCAAAGUAUUAAAUGCAGUCAAAACAGGAGAAUGGAAUAGUGAUUUUUCUAACAUUUUAGAACUUAAGUCGUAUAAUUUACGAAAAACUCAAAUUUCAGUGGAACAGGGAUGCCUAUUGUGGGGUUACCGUGUUAUUAUACCAGCUAAAUUUCGAAAUAAUAUACUUAGCGAACUUCAUUCAUGUCAUAUGGGUUCUUCCAGUAUGAAAAGUUUAGCGAGAUCAUACUUUUGGUGGCCAGGAAUGGAUAAACAAAUCGAAAAUAUCACGCAAAAUUGCGACAAUUGUCUUAAUGUUAGACAAAAUCCACCAAAAUCUAUUAUAUCACCGUGGAAAUGGCCAGAAAAACCGUGGACUAGAGUACAUUGUGAUUUUCUUGGACCAUUUCAAAAUAAAUAUUUUUUUUUAUCAUUGUUGACGCAACCACAAAAUGAAACUAUAGCACGAUUUGGCAUUCCAAAAACAAUUACAUCAGACGGCGCAAAAUGUUUCGCAGGGUUUGAAUUUCAAGUAUUUUGCAAAAAUCUAGGCAUAAGACACAUGACAGGAACACCAUUUCACCCAGAAUCAAACGGUUGUGCGGAAUCAGCAGUCAAAACAAUAAAAAAUUUCUUUAACCCUAGAUCGCUAACCAUACGUCAAUGUGACGAACACUGA